GUAUUGGUCAAUGUACAGUAUAGUACAUGUUUAUUCAUCUGUUUGAAACUUUAUUAUUCUCUAUAUUUUAGUCUCAAUUUGUGAUUUCUGAAUAUUGCGAACAGUUUUAAAUUAAACAAUAAAUUUUACUGAACUAAUUAAUCAAUUCAGUAACAUACUAUUUACAAAUAUCAAGAUUUCACAUUUAAGUAUUUCAUUUUAAAUACGGUUCAUAGAAUUUACCUUAUAAAUUGAAAGCCACACCUAUUUUUAUUAAAUUUGUUUGAUUGUUCGAAAAAAGUGAUUAUAUAGUUUUUUUAAGAAUAAAAAAAUGAAAAUGAAUGCGUUCAUAUUUGUUUUCUUGUGUCUUAGUGUCUAUUCAGGCUACGCCCUAGAAUGCUAUGUUUGUCAAAAUCAGGAAGGAAACAUUGAAAAAUGUUUAAAUACGAUAAAAACAUGUGAACAUGAUGAAGACGUUUGUCUCUCAGAAAUUAGUUGGGGAAGUCCGCCCUAUUGGUCGCAGGGAGCAACGAAACAAUUUUAUGUCUCCAAACGAUGCUCUAGUAAACGAAAAUGUGAAGCAAGGAGACAAAAUUAUAUGUCUACUUGUACCCAUAUAUGGUACUUAGACUGGAAAUGCUCCGAGUGUUGUCAAGGAGAUAGGUGUAAUUAUUACAUCAUAUCUGGAACAAGUAAACCAGGACAAAAUAUUGCUAUAAUAACUUCAUUAGUUUUUACAAUAUUUACCGUUGUGUUCAGAAUCUAGCGCAAAAAAAUAAUUUUAAGAUUAAGUUAAAUAUCAAGAUCUGCAGAAUUUGUCACGUAGACAAUUUUUUAAGAAUUAUCAAAGAACAAAGAAAAAAAAAUAACUGAAUACUUCUUCCGUCCAAAUGUAAAUAAGUAUUUCUUCUCAUUAGUUUUGUAUAUAAUUUAAAAGAAAAAAAAAUGACACAAAGUAUUUACUUUUUUAUCGUUAAUUUUAAUCUUUUUUUAACAACUAGAAUUUUAUUCAAUUAAUAGAAAAUGUAAACAUUUAUGUGCCUUAAUGUUUCACGAUUGGAAGGAACUAAUUUUAAAAGUAGUGUAAAUCCAAUACGUGAUGAAUAAGUGCAUUUGAAAAUUAAAAAAAAAUUUGAUGUUAUAGGUAUUUUCUUAGGAAAAUAAAAGAAACUUUAUGAAUGUUAAUAAUUCAUUGAAAUUGUAUUUUGCAGCAAAUGUUGAAAAAAUACUCAAUUCCGUCCAUAAUUAAUAAGAUUUGUUUGGACAGGAGUGAAACUUUGUCCUCGCAUAUAAUGUUGUAUUUUUAAAUUUAUGAUUCGAUUAAAUUGAAUAAAAAACUUUAUACCAAAAAUUAA